AUGCCUAAAUCCAAGACUACAUCCAAACAAAAUUCAAAUUUUGUUUCUCCGCCUUCUCCCUCACCUUCUCUUGUUUCUAAACCAAUUAUUAUCCCUUGUCCACCUCAACUGCGUCCCGAAGAUCUUGUUUCAGAGCAUUGUCGCCGCAAAGAUCCUUCAAAACCUUGCAACGCAUUCAUUAUUUUUCGCCGUGAAUUUGUCAAGCACCUUCACGAAAAUGGAACCUAUCCUCGUAUGGUGAAGGUUAGUCAAUUGGCUGGAGAUGCAUGGAGAGCUCAACCUCUUAGUGUGAAGAAAGAGUAUAAGAAAAUUGCAGAAAAGACGGCCGCUUUAGUAAUGGAAGUUCGAAGACAGACAGCAUGUUUAUGCGAUAAGAAUUGGAGACCGUACAAGAACAAGAAAAGAGAGAAUAAUAAUGCUACUACUAAACCUACAAACGACGAGCAACACGAGCAUAAAAAUAAAUCAAACCCAAUUUAUGCGAAAAACAUGACUUACGACACUGAAAUCUGCUUCAAAGAUGCACCGAUAACUCGACCUUCACCAACGUCCACAUUCUCCAGUUCCAUGCCUCCUCAUUUUCAGUCUCGCCCUUUAAUUGUAUUACACGAAAACCCACAAGAUGAAUACAAAUCUAGCGACCAUCAGAUCUCUAAUUGGAAUAUGUCUCCAGUAGCAUCCUCCCCAACAGUAACGGCACCCGUCAAUCCGCCAAUUACAGUUUUCGCGCCGCAAUCGUCAACAUCACCAUUUCUUUCUAAUACAUAUUUGCCUACUUUUCCUCCCGAGCCAUAUAAUUCGAUUCCACCAUUUGUACCCACCCAAUCUGCGAAUUCGUUUUCAGAUGUUAAUAAUACGGACUAUUUGGAGAAUAUCGAGAUGACGUUGAGUGAACAUAGAUAUAUGGAAACGCCAAAUAUGUCAGCACACGACUUUUUGAUAUUAACUCUGGAUAAUGAUAUCAGAUAUGACCAGAUCUUUGUGGACAAUGAUGCUUUCGGAGUUAAUAUCAAUACGUUUGGAGUUUGA